UCCAAGACGUAAAUAAAGAUGUGUUCGGUUACACAUUCGUACCAGCAUUUAUCGCUCACAACAAUAUGUGAGGAACUCCUUUAGAAGUCUCAGCGGGUGCAUAGCUGGAGUGUGAGAGAAGGGUGUGCGCUAUAUCUGGACGCAGACAGCAAGCGGUCCUCAGUAAGUUAACAAACCCCUCUCUGCAGCUUUCUUCAAAAUCUAACACAGGUCUUCUAGCAAAAAUGGCAAAUGGAAAACGUGGCAUUCCUCUGAGCACAGUAAGUAAAAUGCAUUUAUCAGUUUUGUUGUUGUUUAUUAUGUUCUCCUAUGUUCUUUCUGUUAUUUCUUGGAUUCCAAAAGGUGAAAGAAUGCAAUAGUUUUAAGCUUGUAUUUUUUAUAUUUUUGUUUUUGCAUUUUUAAUUGUAAUUUUAUUGUUAAAAAUGUCUUUUUUUUUAAAUAAUCAUCUAUAAUAUUCUACCUCAAAAUCAAAUUCUAUGACAAUAAAUAUACAUUAUUUACAAAUAGUAACACACUGAAAAAAUUUGGUGACUCAGAAAUUGCUAGUAAGUUUCACAAAUAAUUGCAAAGAAAUGUUUUUUUUUUUUUUACUUUGAAAAAUCAGUGUAGUAAUUGCAAGAUGCAAGUUAAAAUAAAUAAUUUGCAAAAUGCAUGCAACAACAUACUGCUUUCGAAUGUAUAUAUAUAUAUUUUUUUUUUUCACAUUUUUCCAAUCAGCAUCCUAUUUUCUUUAUGCAGAUCAGUCCAAAAUUUCUUCACGCUAAUUCCACAAGUCACACCUGGCCAUUCAGUGCUAUAGCUGAGCUGAUUGAUAAUGCUUAUGACCCAGAUGUUCAUGCCAGACAGAUCUGGAUAGACUGGACACGCAUCAGAGGACUGGACUGCCUCUCGUUUAUGGAUAACGGGGAGGGUUUGACCAGAGCCAGACUACAUAAGAUGCUCAGCUUUGGUUUCAGCGAGAAGAAAGCAGCGAAAUUUCACAUUCCAGUUGGUGUGUACGGCAAUGGUUUUAAGUCAGGGUCCAUGCGUCUGGGAAAAGAUGCCAUUGUUUUUACGAAGACAAGAGACACCAUGAGUGUGGGACUCCUGUCCCAGUCUUACCUUGAGGCCAUCGGAGCACAGCGAGUCUUGGUGCCCAUGAUCACAUUUAGACGCGAUGGACAUAACCACGUGGAGGAUGGAGCCAGUCUGAGAGCGAUCCUCAAACACUCGCUCUUCAACUCAGAGAAAGAGCUGUUUGCAGAGCUCCGCGCCAUCAGCGCCGCCGGACCCACAGGAACACGCAUCAUCAUCUGGAACCUUCGCACGACCACAAAUGGCGAGACUGAAUUUGACUUUGACACCGAUAAAUAUGACAUUCUGAUUAGGGCGAACAUCUGUGACAAGAGCAACAUGACCCCUGAAAGUGAAUAUUCCUUACGGGCAUACUGCAGCAUCUUAUACCUGAAGCCUCACAUGCAGAUCAUUAUUCGAGGGCAAAGAGUGAAGAGUCAGCUGAUAUCCAAAAGUCUGGCUCUUAUUGCACAGGACAACUACAGACCUUCAUUCCUUAACAAGCGUGUACGCAUCACUUUCGGAUACAACACCAAAAGCAAAGAGCAUUAUGGGAUUAUGAUGUACCAUAAAAACAGGCUAAUAAAGCCAUAUGUGAAAGUGAGCUGCCAAUGUAAGACUGAAAGAAAAGGUGUGGGCGUUAUUGGUGUUAUAGAGUGCAAUUUCCUUCAGCCCACUCACAACAAACAAGACUUUGAUGACACCGAUAAAUACAGGAAGAUCAUGCACAACCUCAGCAUAAAGCUGGAGGAGUAUUGGAACGAAAUCCGCUACAAACGAAAGAAAGAGGACCCCAAGUGCACAGUAGCAAUAGAGGAUGUGUUGAAAGUUCCAGAUCAAGUGUGGGUUCAGUGUGACAGCUGCCUGAAGUGGAGGAGGCUUCCAGAUGCCAUCACUGAGCUGCCGGAUAAAUGGUUCUGCAGCAUGAACUACGACCCGCAGUUCAGGAGCUGCUUGGUAGAGGAAGAACUAGAAGAUGAAGAGGAAGAUCAGAAGCCGUACCCCAAACCCUUUAAACGCCAGAGGAGAAAUACCAAGAGUCUGUCUGAGGAGAACGUUCCAGAUAGCACACAGACUCCGGUGGUAACAACCACUCAGGCACCCAGACAUCCACCAGCCUCUGUUAUGUCUGGACGGUCUUUAGCUGAGAGGUCCCCGUUGCCGCUCAUUAACCUGACUGCUCUCUCCAACUCUCUAAGAAGAGUAAAACAAAAGUUUUCCGCCAUAGAAACACAGAUGGAGGUGACGCCAUCUUUUCCUGUCCCCUCUCUCACCCUGCCACAAGAGCUCUGCUCUGAGACACUCUGGCCUGCUUUGAAUGAGGAGAGAAAGACUCUCACUCAAUUCGACACACUCGUGAGCAAAGCUGCGUGCGGCAUGAUGGAAGGAAUUGAGUCGCAUCAGGGGCCCGCCGCUGCAGAAGAGACAUGUGAAAGAGAUGCAUCAUCUGGGACAGGGAGGGAAUACAACUCGGCUGCGGAGCAGAUAAUUGAAUUGCCCCUGAAAAAUGAGAAGAAAGGGGUUGUGCAUCAUGAAGGUCAUGUUGAUGAUGAAGAAGGGGAGGAGGAAGAGGAAUGUAACUUGGCAGAGGUGCAACAGUGGCAGGAUGAGCUAAUGGAGCUGAUGCACGAGACGGCGGAGGAGAGAGACGCGUGCCGUCAGGAACUGGAGGUGCUUAGAGAGCACAGCGCCGCCCUGGAGGACGAAAGGAUUCAGCUCAUCAGCAGGUUGGAGAGUGUCGAGGAGGACAAGAGCAGGCUUUCUACUCUGUGUGAUCAGCUGAGGAGUCAACUGUCAGAGCUCAGGGAACACAGACAGAGAGGAACGGAAGAGAAAGACGACAGCUCUAAACUAAAGACGCUGCGUCUAAACCUGAGCCGUCUGCUGGUGUCUUUCAUUCCCUCUCUUCAUCUGGAGCAUGUGGACUACAACAGUGAUAUCAUAGAUACCAUCCUCAUCCAGGUUCUAGAACACAUCACUUAAAACACAUUCUCUGGUUUACAAUGCCAGGACUGAAAUGGCUAAACAUUUUGUAUAUACUCCUAGAAUCUACUGUGUUGGCGUAAAAAUGGAUUUUAUUGUUGUAAUGUGAAAUUAUGACGAUUUCUAAUAUACUAUGUCAUAUAUUUACAUUUUGGUUAAUACACUAUUUUGUGUAAAGUAUUCGGCCAUGUAUGAGAGCUAGGUGCAUUUUGAAGGCCUCAAGCCUUGAAAAAGGCAUUGCCUGUUUUUGUUUUUACUAGCAUUAGCUGGGCUAGCUGAUUUGAAUGUAAAGGAGUUUUUCAGUGUGAUUUGAACUAAAGAAACCAAAAUUAUGACAAAAUAUGUAAUUUUGACAGUUUUGGACAUUCUGUCUCUCCCCAAUCAGAUACAUAGAAGCUGUAUUUGCAACCAAGACACCCGCCAAUGAACCGACCUGAUCCAAUAAAGACUUAUUUUUUUC